CAGAAAGACUCUGUCAUACCUACAAUGAAGACUCUUGCUUUGACCGUGGCCGUACUUUUGUUAGUACAUCUUGUUUCUGCCCAAAUUACGUGGACCAGAACAUGGACUACAGGUCCUAACGGAGGAGGCGGUGGGGACUUCAGUCAGCUCUUUCGAGAACUUCUAAACAAUCUCCCAAAUGCACCGAGCUUUAAACAACUUAUUAAUUACGGAGGACAGCUUCCUUCUAGGAGACCUAGUAUUCCCCGCCCGGGUUACACACCAAUUGUUCCGUCCAACGGUCCCCCAGUACCUCCCAAAGAAACCAAUGAUCAAUACAACCCCAGGCCAACACAGCCACAGCAACCUAGUGAUAUUAAACCAAUGACAACAACGUGCACAAAAGAAUACCAGAAACUUAGAGGACACACCCUCUGUAUGACGGACAAACCUAACGUCAGUAAACAGGGCAUCACAGAAGCCAUGAAGAAAGCCAUUCUUGACCAACACAACAGACUGAGAGCCACAGUUCAGCCACCCGCAAUGGACCUGGUAGAACUAAAAUGGGACGAGAGACUUGCUGCCGUUGCUCAGAAAUGGGCCAAUCAGUGUGAAGCAGGUCACGACAGAGAAAGAAGUAUUCCUUCCAUCGGGAUGUCGAUUGGACAGAACGUUGCCGGGGGUUACCGCACGUGGGAGCAGGCGGUACAGAUGUGGUGGGAUGAAAUCGACAUGUGGACCUACGGCGUGGAACCAGACUCCUACCUUGGCCCUGGGGGAUGGAAGAAAAUUGGACACUUUACGCAGAUGGCACAGAAUGGUACCUACCUCGUAGGGUGUGGUUUUGCUGUGUGUGACAGAACAACUUUUACGCGUUACUACGUUUGUGAUUAUGCAGCUGGACAAUCCAAUCUGGCUUCUCCUUAUACCGCCGGAAGAAGAUGUAGCAAAUGUCCAAAAUUCUGCAGGAAUGGGCAAUGCGAUUGCGGUGGUAAAGUUUGUUACAAUGGCGGUACUCUCAAUAUUGAAACUUGUCAAUGCCAGUGUCAAAAGCUGUACAAAGGACCUACUUGCGAGCAAUUGGAUUGUCCGGCCGAGGAUAAGUGGGUGUGUGGUAGAGACUGGACCCCGUCCUACUGUGGAAAAUUUGUCAACGUCCCCUUUGACUGUCCCUACAUGUGUGGCAAAUGUGGCAACACAAAUGAAGAUGUUAUGGUUGCCGAGAGCGAGAAACCAAAACCUCCCUUCGUGUCUGCGUUCGGGUGCAAGUACAGCGGCAAAAGAUCCAGUCGUGAGGAGUGUCGAGCGUAUGGGGACCGCGGCCUGGACAUUAACCAGUGUGGAACUAAAAAAGGCGAAUUAACAUGCCAUGACUGUAACCGAUUUUCCAACGUUAAAAGGGAAAUGUGUCCCGUCAUGUGCGGGCUAUGUGAUCAUCCAUGUAAUGGAAAGGAAUGCCUGAAUGGGGGGACACUGGAUGUUGAUAACUGUACCUGUAAAUGUGAACAUCCCUUCAUUGGAGAACGGUGUGAAAAAGUUGAUUGCAGUAACCCAGACAAAAGCCAUUGUGACGCAUGGCCUGUGGCUUACUGCGAAAAGUACGAUAACGUUCCUAGGGAUUGUCCAAUAAGAUGUGGACUAUGCUCACUACCUAAUGGUCAAUAAGCCCUCAUUUGUUUUAAUUCUUACAGAGAAAUCCAAGCUGCAUUUUUGACUUUCAUGAUGAUCACGUUACAGGAGCUAAACAUGAUGAUCACGUGAUAGGUAUAAAAAUUCCCGUCUGUGUACAGUGUAUGCUUUAUUUGUUGUGUUUGAAUAUACAUUGUUCAGAAAUUUCUUUAUGUUAUAUCAAACAAAUGUACAUAUAUGCACUUUAUGUUUACGUGAGAAUUUAUGUUAUUUUCACUUAGUUAAAUAAAUUAUUACAAACUUUUGAA